UACCUGACAGUCUCAAGAGAGCCCCCCUGUUCUGAAAUACACACAGCUCUCUCUCUCUCUCCCUCCGAGCCACAUAAUGGUAAACAUGAGUGGGUUUAGUUUUAGAUGCGUCACAUUCAUGCUCUUCAUUGCUUUUCUAGUUUGGUCUUCAAGUUUUCAUACCUGCAUUGCUAGAAGAGGCAAGCAUUGGAGGGAAAGCAGGGGAAACUCGGCUUCUCUGGCCAAAAAGAAAGGAAAAAACCAAGGCAACAGCCACCAGAAACACCAUAAUGGAGUAUCAAAACCAAAACCUCCUCCACAAAAAGCUCCAUCAUUGCCUCCUGCUCCGAAAGAUGAUGCGCCAGGACCAAGUCCACCACAGAAAAGCUCCACCACCUUUAAUGUCCUUGAUUUUGGGGCCAAAGGUGAUGGAAAGAGCGACGAUACAAAGGCAUUCCAAGCUGCAUGGGCAGAAGCUUGUAAAGUGGCGGCAUCAACGAUGAUCGUUCCGGCGAAAUAUGUAUUCCUUGUGGGGCCUAUUUCUUUCUCUGGUCCGUACUGUCAAGCAAACAUCGUAUUUCAACUGGAUGGCACAAUUAUUGCCCCAACAAACUCCAAUGUUUGGGGUAGAGGUCUCUUUCAGUGGCUUGAAUUCACAAAGCUUGUAGGAAUCACAAUUCAGGGAGAAGGCACCAUAGAUGGAAGCGGCUCAGUAUGGUGGCAAGAUUACCCAUUUGAAGAUCCUAUAGACAAUGAAUCGGAAUUCAUUGUUCCACUGAACAACACAGCACAACACCACCCACCGAUGCCAAUAAGAAGUGAACUUAGCGGGAAAAUGCCGAGCAUCAAGCCCACCGCACUAAGAUUUUAUGGAAGUUUCAAUGUGACGGUCACAGGCAUAACAAUUCAAAACAGUCCACAAUGCCAUCUCAAGUUUGACAAUUGCAUAGGAGUUGUGGUGCAUGAUAUGAGAACCUCAUCUCCCGGAGACAGUCCAAAUACAGAUGGAAUCCACCUACAGAACUCCAAAGAUGUGCUAAUUCAUAGCACUGAUCUGGCUUGCGGAGAUGACUGUGUUUCUAUACAAACUGGAUGCUCAAAUGUAUACAUACACAAUGUUAAUUGCGGACCAGGACAUGGAAUCAGCAUCGGAGGUCUGGGAAAGGAUAAUACCAAAGCCUGUGUCUCAAACAUCACCGUUCGAGAUGUUGUUAUGCAUGGCACAAUGACAGGUGUCAGAAUUAAGACAUGGCAGGGUGGAUCAGGCUCCGUGCAGGGGGUAUUGUUCUCAAACAUUCAAGUUUCCGAGGUUCAACUUCCAAUUGUGAUUGAUCAAUUCUAUUGUGACAAGAGCACAUGCAAAAACCAAACAUCAGCUGUGGCUCUAUCAGGAAUCACCUAUGAAAAAAUAAGAGGGACAUACACCGUAAAACCCGUACACUUUGCCUGCAGUGAUGCCCUACCAUGCAUGGAUGUAAGUCUAACUACCAUAGAGCUACAACCACUAAAAGAACAGUAUCACCUCUACGAUCCAUUCUGCUGGCAGACUUUUGGAGAGUUGAACACUCCUACCAAGCCUCCAAUUAGCUGUCUACAGAUUGGCAAGCCAUCAAGCAACCGGCCUCAGUCAGAUCAUGAUAUAUGUUGAUCUCGGCCCAAUUUACUAUUGGUGUAUUGACUUGUGUGGUUGUUAUGAUUUCCCAACCCCUAUCACGCCAUUAGCUUAUUAGGUAAAGUUAUAUAUAGGCAACCUGAAUUUUUAAGGGAAUCCUUCUUCCUUAGCAAUUAGCAGGAUUAAUUUACGUGAGAGUGUAUACAAGCAUUUGUUAAAGUCUGAAAAUAGAAUAUGAGGUAGUCUGGUUUGCUACUACUCCAUAAUGGAUUGUUUGAGACUAUACCAUCUAGUGCUUGAUUUAUUUAUGUGAAAUAAAUAAAUAUUCUAUAGAUAUUCAGAUUUUCAA